UUCCCACCAGACAAAAGGGUAAACAAGGCGUCGGCCAUUUUUGGUGAGGCGUCCGUUUCAUCUCCGUGUCUUUCUUUCACUUUCCCGUUAAAGCUGCUGCUCCGCGGCGAGAGGGAUGGCGGUUUUACCUCAUAGAUUUCGCUGAUGAGUCGACUGGCGUCCUUUAGAAUCGUGUUCAAGAGCGAUUUUCAUUAUCACGUCGGGAGUCCAGAGAAAAAAACAUGGAGGUUGUCCCGCAGCUGUCAAAUGGCAACUCAUCCAAACAGACGAUCAAGCUGGGCACUGGUAAAGUGGCCGCGCCGUGGGGUGGCCAGGCCAAGUUGGACAGCCUGGGGCUACCCGCUGAGGUAGAGGGCGAUGACUACUACGACAGUGGCAUUGGCUCCCUCAGUGAGCUGCAGGUCAGCCAGUUCAGUGAGUUGGGUGGCGUUGACCAGAGUGUUGAUGGUGGGGAGGGCAAGGAUGGCAUGUCCAUGGGCACUGAGCCAGACAUUUGCUUAUCCACCCAGCGGUGGGCAGAGAGUGGCGUUAGCCAGAUCACCCAGGGCAUCGAGGAUGUGAAACUGAGUGGCACCGGUCAGAUCACCCAGGGAAUGGAGCUGGGAAGUUCCCAAGAAGCAGUGAAUGAGUUGAAGGAAUUGCGCCACUACCGAACCGAAGACUUGGACUCGGCACUGCACCUUUCUGUCAUCCAUGAGAAAGUCAACUUUUUCAUCACUAUCCUCUGUUAUAUAAUGGAUGCUGAAUACCUGAACCUGCAGAAUGACUUGAACCAGACAGCACUGCAUUUAGCGGUGAUCGUUAGGCGUGCUGAUUUUGUGGAGAGGUUGGUGGCUGCCGGGGCAAACCUCUUGCUGCAAGAGAAGGAUGGGAACACUGCCUUACACCUAGCGUGCAUGGAAAGAGCCACCAGCUGUGUUCAAGCUCUCCUGUUUCAUCAUGUUCAUGGUCUAAAGAAUUCCAGUCUCUUUGACCCAUCCCAAGUCUCACAGCAGCUGAAUUGCUACAACUAUAACGGAUUCACACCCUUGCACUUGGCAGUGAAGGUUAAUGAUGUUCAUAUCGUUGAAUAUCUUUUGCAAUCUAAAGUUGAAAUAAAUGCAAAGGAGAGGUCUGCGGGCCGAACUGCUUUACAUUUGGCAGUGGAGGAACAAAAUCAGCAAAUUGUCAAACUCUUGCUGGACUGGUGUGCAGAUGUUCACGCUCAGAUGUACAAUGGCUAUACACCAAUUUGUCUGGCUCUGUGCAGGCCUAAUUGGAGCAUAACACAGAUGCUCAGAGACUAUGGUUCUUCAGAGCCAGAUACAGAUGAGGAGUCGGAAGAGAGUGAAGAAAUUGAUGAAGAUGGCAUGGGCGAGUAUGAUGAUUUUGUGGUGCAUGGGUGUUAUUAGAAGAUCAGAAAAUUCAGAUGUCCUGCUGUAUUUAAACAUUACAGUUGAAACAUUAAAGUGGUUCAACUCCACUACUGUAAAGGAGCACCGUCAUAUAGUCGUUUUCACUGUCUUGUAGCCAUGUAUUGAGCCAAUAUCUAGGAGUAGUCUUUAUAACCUGGUGUGUACAAAUACCAAUUUUUGGUUUGUAGAGAACUGGUUGCCACUCAGAUUUAAGUCAAGCGGGAACCCAAUAUAAAAAUACAAGUCACGUGAGACAUACAGUAGGUCGUGGAGUUGGGAAACGUAGGGUGAACACAGUGUAAUCUGGCAAGGAGGGAUGCACCUGGCAAAAUUCAGGAGAAUGUUUUAGUUCUAAUUGUUAAACCUGAAUCUUGAUGGUGGGGUUUGGUGCUGAUGAGCGGAGUAUGGUUAGUGGCAGGGGGAAUAUGGAGCAAAGGGACCAUUGCCAUUUUUAAAGUUUGCAGCUCUGCUGGCUCUCCACAUUGCAACAGUCUUUUGCCAGGAGGUCUUGUUAACCCAUAGCCAGAGCCUCCAUAGUGAAAUUCUUAAUUAGAGGUAAGAGACUCUGAAGUAAGUUUCUUUUUUAAAAGAUCGCUUAUAUUGCUCCUUUUACUGCAGCUGACUUGCCACCUCUGAUGGAGUAGAAGCUUUUUUGUGUGUGUUUGUUUGGAAGAUUAACAAAGUUGAUUCAUAAGCAAACUUCUGAACUUGAAGUUGCGUCAAUGCUAAAUGGGUUUCUUUUCCCUGGAAGAUGCAACGUUUUAGCUUCAAUAACCGGGUAAACAACAAUAGCAAGAGGAUAGAGAGUAUCAGUUAACUUAGUUGGCUGGAUAGCAAUACAGAGUGAUGCUAACAGCAUGGGUUAACUUCUUGGACCAGCUGAGGUUAUCGCAAAGGAUUCUCCUCAACCUGUCUGUUCACCUCUCUAAUGAGAGAGCAGGCCUAAGGUCUGGCAAGACUGUGGUGACUUUCAUAGAGGAAACGGUCACAGUUAGGAAGAUUAAGUUGCAGCAUAUUGGAUUGCAGGAAGUAAAUUAAGUAACUUGCUAGAAUGUAGCCUCCAUGGCCAAAUGAGACUCUGUGUAGGAACAUAUCAUUCACAAAAGUUGGAGGCAGCAUUAGGAAGUCGGAUGUUAAAAUUAUUUUUGAUUUUAGUAUGUUGAUUUGAGCUGUGAUGAAUAAAAAUAGUUUGUAGUUCUGCUGGCUAUCCACACUGCAACAGUCUUUUGCCAGGAGGUCUUGUUAACCCAUAACCAGACCCUCCACAGUGACAUUCGUAAUUAGAGGUAAGAGACUCUGAAGUGAGUUUCAGAUGAAUUCAGCAGAGGACGAUUAGGUGAAGAGGCAAAUGAAUAAAGCUGAAAUGCAAGACAGAUUCUCUGGUUUUGUAAAAGUGAAUAAUAAUUCAUGCAAAAAAAAGCACAUGUAUUCCAUGGUCAUCAUUUACAUUUACACUUGAAAUAUUAAUAUUUCAAAAUGUCUGAACUCUAGCUUUGCAAUUGUUUGGUAUGGUGAUAUGAGUGGCAAAUCUCCUGCAAGCUGACAGGUAUAAAAUGUGCUAUAGGACAUUUAGCCCAUCAGGCCCUCUCCACCAUUUAAUACCAUCAUGGCUGAUCAAAUCCUUCAGUGCCUUUUAUCCACAUGAGCCCUAUAAGAUUUGAUGCUGCAAAUCUAUUAAUCUUUAAACAUGAAUUGAUGACUAAGCCUCCAUCACCCCCUGAGUAGAGAAUUCCAAAGAUCCUCAACCCUCUGAGUAAAAUAAAUCUCCUAGUCUAAGUCCAAAAUGGCAUUCCUUUAUUUUUAAAUUGUGGCCCCAGAUUCCAUGUUCCUGAUCUUCCUUGGAUCUAUCUUGUCAAUUUCUUUAUAACUAUUUUGUAGUUUUCAAUGAGAUCACCUCUGAUUCUUUGAAGCAGUAGGGAUGCAGCCCAGUUCACUCAAUUCCGCUUUUGUGUUAAAGGGGAAUGGGAGAUGACUUCUAAAACUGAUGUUCCAUGUUGCCAUUGGGAGAUAUCUAUUGAUUAUGUCCCCUCCCUCAUUCCCCACUGUCCUUAUCACAAUUUUGCAGUGCGAGCUAGUUGUGGGCCAUACAUUUGUAAGCUGGCAUACCCAGUAUGCUGUUGAAAGCCCAAGUCUUGUCCCUGGAGGAUUUGAGAGAGUAGCAGUGUAAGGUUUAGCGGUCUUUCUUCUGGUGACAGGAGUACUUUACAGCAAAAGAAAUACUGGUCUUGACAUCUCCAUUAAGCCAUUUUUGAAAAUGCACACCUUGUGCCCUCCCUGUGAGCAUAACUGGACACUGCAGUGCUCAUCACAAUCUGAUUAAUGGCUGUACUUUUUAGAAGGCUAUGUAACUUGGAUUUUGAAAACUUGACCCACCCACCCAUCCAUCUUUUGCUGAGGAAAAUAAAUGGGAAAUGUAGCAAUAUAAAGUCUCAGCCUGAUUCUUUUUAUAAAAUUAUUUUGUGGGCCACCUGAGUAACUGGCAGGACCAGCAUUUGUUGUCUCUGAACUGUGUGGAGAGGGAAAUCAAGAGUCCAGCCCAUAUUUCUCGCUGUGUGGUCUAAUCGAGACUAGUUUGGGAAGGGAUGAUGGAUUUCCAUUUGCUGCUGCCGUGAAAUUUGAAACUGUCCCGAGAGUAUUAUGAUAAAACAAAAAAAAACUGCAAAUGCUGUAAAUCUCAAGAAGGGUCACUGGACCUGAAACGUUAACUCUGCUUUCUCUUCACACAUGCUGCUAUAUCUUCUGAGUUUCUAGUUUACUUCUCCGAGUAUUAGCCUGUGCAUUUUGGUUGUCUCAAUCAUUCUUGUUUUCUCUCUUUCUCUUUCUCUCUCUCUCACCCUUGCAUACACGCUCUACCCCACCCCAAAUUGAUUGGCCACUACAAGCGGUUUCAUGCUUGUAGACUGAUAGUAAUGUUUGAUUGCUGACAGUUUGCUUCUUAGUGUAACUUUUUAAAUCUAGUACAUGAUAAAACCAGUUCAAGCUUCACAUUGGGAAAGCCUAUUUAAAGAUCAUUCAAAUUAAACUGAUCAAGCAAUACUAGUGAAAAAGGAACACCCUAAUUAGUCAUUUGUAGAAAUUUAAUUCUUUAUAUCCCUUUGAAAUGGGAAACUAGUAUGGUAUCCAUCUUGAAAGCAGUCCUUUAUUGUUAGAAGUCUUGUUUGAUGUGCAUCUUUUGUUAACCUUCCUGCUAUACUGAUAUCUGGUCACAAUUUCAACAUUUUGAAGUUGAAACUACAUGUAAAAAUAUGCAGAAUGGGAAUCAUGUUAACAGUUGCCUGUAAUACUGUAAUUGGAAAUUCUGGCCAUGAGGGUGGUGUUGACUUUGGGAGACUCUCUUUUAUUCGUUUGCAGUGCAAUGGCCAAUUUAUCAGUAUCAGUUGAAAGCUAUCAUGGAAAUAUGGUCCUGUUAUUUUUUUUUUCUACAGUUAUUCUGUAUUACAGUGUAUUUUUUUAAACAUUACUUUGCAUAUGUACAGAAUGUCUAGUUUAGUUUUGAUGUUCCAGAGAUAUUGAAUGAUGAGUUUUUGUCGUGCUUAGUAUCAUGUAGGCACUGCUAGAAUGUAGCAAUGCUUUUCUUUCAAGUCUUAUAAUUUUGGCUUUGUUAAACUGUUUGCUGAAUUGUUUUAUUUUAAUUGUAUCGUUCAUUUUCUUAACUUGUAGCUGCAUAUUGGGAUUGUUAGUCAGCGUUUUGCUUGCUUUAAAGACUGAUAUUAACCAUUGUGGAUAACCAGCACUUUUUUUCUCUCUUUUUACAAAAACUGACAAAUAAAUAUUUGCAAAUAUAGCUGUAAAA